AUGUCGCCUUCUUUGAUCACGCUGUACCCAUCUGAGCUCCUCUACGCCAUUUGCACACAAGUCUUUGCCUCUUGCCUCCCCACAACCAUCCCGUCUCUGGACCCCCUACUAUCCGAUACCUCUGCCUCACACUCAUCGUUUACUCCUGCUCUAACAUGGUCCGAGCCAAUUACACGACGCACCCUGGCAAACCUCUGCCUCGUAAAUCAUGAUUGGUACGAAGCCGCAAAGCCAUGGCUUUGGCGUAGGCUGGAAGUUCGAUUUCCGCGAACAUGGCUCUCACUUGUAGCAGAAAUAGCAUGGAAUUAUGAUGAAGAAACCGUGGAUCUGGUCAUAGACAAGACGAUCAGGGCCGCAGCAAAUGCAGCCGUGGCUUCCACCUCCUCCGAGUGUGAUAAGGUGGCCGUUGUUGGCUUCGACGAGAAUCUUUUUGACUCGUUUGAGGGCCCCGACACCACCAUCUCUCUGAAUUUACUUUCGUCUGCGCCAUCUCGAGAUACUAGCCCCAGGCGUUUAAGGCCAAAAAGCAAAAGUCCGGCUCGAUGGAAACUUUUGCGUUCCAUCAAAGAUGCUGUUCAAGACGCCGUGGAUCGUCAGUCAUCUCGUGGAAUGUAUGUGCCUAUGCCCAUCGACCCACGUCCGGGACGCUAUGUUCAACAUCUCGAUUUCAAUCAUUUUCGGACCAUUGGAGUGCGUCGAUCGGUGGAAGAGGGUAUUAAUAAUCCUUUCGUAACGGGUGAUCGCCUUCAAGCAGUGGUGAAAGAAAUGCCCAACCUGACCUCGUUUGGCGCUACUGAGUAUAUGGAUGGGGCAUUGACCCUACCAGUACUGAACGAGCUGUUCCUUCGCGGUGCAGCCUCUCGCGCCCUUCACCAUCCAUUUUACAUGAAUGGAUUUAGCAACGAUGCGGAAGAGGAGGACCAAGAACGAAGAAGGGAAUGCAAAGAUCUGGAGGCGGUGGAUUUUACUGGUUGCGUUAGCGCUGUCUUUGUCAACGCGUUCAACGCUUUCGUGAGCGCUCACCUUCUGACACAGUCAAAAGGCGAAGAAGUAGAAGAGAAGAAAAUCGAGCCUCUAAUCUUCCCCGGGCUUGAACGACUGGGUCUCCGGGGCGUCAAAUCAAUUUUACCUCGCUAUCUAAAACCAUUCCUCAUGGCUCUACCUUCUCUUACCCACCUCGACCUCUCAGGCACACGCGUAACUCCAGACAUUCUUGAAGCGCUUGGUACUCGCCCUCUGCGUUUAAAAUCACUUGGCCUUGCUCGAUGCACCAAACUCACCAGCGAAAGCAUAAGACACUUCCUAGUGGACUUUCCGGUGACCACCGAGCUCACGGAGCUCAAUCUUUACGGUGACAUGACAUAUGUUUCGCCGCUCACUGUGGAACAUCUGCAAGAUAUUCUCACUCAAGCGCCUUGCUUGCUUGGAGGGCAACUGGUGUAUCUAGACCUGUCGAGCGCCCCUAUAAACGAAAGCCUUCUCUCUCUUUGCAAGCCCCAGCCUAAGCUGUGUUCCCUUGGGCUCUCACAUAUCCCGAAGCUCGAGCUAAACGUCGUUGCUGAUUUUCUUUUGAACAAGGCGUCCAACGUCGAAGUCUUGACCUUGAUCAAUACUUCACCCCAGCUGGACCUGGCUAACCCAGGAGCCAAAGAACUAUCGAGAGUCUCUUCGAUUGCUCUACACACCCACCUCAUCAGGCCCUUAUGCGCACCACAGUUUGCUUCCAGCCUGACGACCACCCUCUCGGUGCCGCCACAGCCGCCCACAAGAUUACGAGUCGUCGAACUUUCAGGGGCUACACUCCGUGGUCUUGGUGCCGGGGCGGGGACAUGGCGGGUUAUCCGGAGCAACGGAGGUAGGGGAUGGUACGUUGAUACUGCGGCUAGAUGGGUCUCCGAUCCACGUCCGGGUCAAGGUCGUGUACUAAAGAGAGGUCUUCCGAAAGGCGACGCUUUCCAUAUGGAAAUGGAAAGGCUUUCCGACGCGAAUGGGAAUGUCUGCAGUGGCAUUGGAUGGCAUGCUCGAAAAAUGGAGGUUCUCCAUGGCCAUGGAAUGCUCGGGCGUGAGUCCGGUUUAUACGGGGCAGUAUCUUUUGCAUACCAAGGCUGA